GAACAGGCUGAGGCACAGCCGACAAUCACCGCUGCAACGGGAUGACGAAAUGCGACCCAGACGCCCAGUACGCUGACUACGGAGGCAACGGUGUACGACGAGCAAGUACGAGGAGCUGCUGAAGCUCUUGAAUCGGUUAUUCUCGGCAAACUCCUGGCGCAGAGACAUCUGUUCAGAAGCCCAAGCAACUGCCGGGUGAGCGUUUCAUGGAACACGUCACGGCCCUCAAGGAGAAAUAGCUCGCUUCCAAAUUCGAUGCUACGUACGACGACCGGAUCCGAGAUCAAAUAAUGGAAUCGCCAACCUCCAUAUCCAACAAGUUUUUGGCUCACUGAGAACAUUUGACCUUGGAUAAAGCCGAAGAAAUCGGUCGAGAAUUGGCGGCGACGCAGAACGCCAACCAAGCGUUGGGCGACGCCGAGAACGUACACCCCGUCGGAGCGGCGCAAGAUGGCGGUUCGGCGGCGCGGCGUUCAGGAUCAGCCCUCCCCGAUGCUACUGCGGUAGCGGUCGAAAAAGCGCCGAAAGAAGAUAUGGAACGACUAAUAUCGAGCCUGUCGGAGGGUCCAGCUCAAGUGUCUACAUCCCUAAGGAUUCAGCUUUUCAGUACUGUGCGACAGUCCCAGCGCGGUUGUGCGCGUGCACGUUGCGCGUGCCGCGAGCCAGAAGCUGCAGCACUGGUUCAAGGAGCUUGCUGAGCCGUUGACGUGGCGACCGUUGUUCUUGGCGCUGCUGGACUCCACCAGGCCCUCUCCGUACUCGACGGUCGCCAGCGGCAAGCGUGAGUGCGUCAAUGGGACUGUCGCUGCAUAGAAGCAGGCGCGUUUAUAGGGCAUUUUUCCGCUGCGUGCUAGCGUGCGCUGGCAUGGCUCAGUGGUAGAGUACCUGACUGGGAAUAUUUUUUUCUCAUUCCUGGCGAUAGCUGCUACAGACACCGAACACCAGCAGAGGAGCCGGUUCUGGUUCAAGGUUCUGGCUCAAGGCUCUGGCUCAAGGCUCUCAAGCGAACAAUGACAAUUGGGUACACUUUCCAAGCUGGAGCGAGUGGCCACUUGGUCACAACAGAUACCAAGGUGACUGAGGCAAAGGCAAGAUUUUCAAGGAAAGGGGACAAAUAAAUGGCCACCACCUCGUUUGGAUACGAGUUCAUCAUUGAUGACAAGAAGGUUUUGUCUGCGACCACCAAAAACGUGUCCGAGCUGAAUGAGAAGUUGAAAAAGGCCGGACGGAAUAUGACACCUGCCUGGACAUUCCGGAUUUGCGUAAAGCGGCUCCUGACGUCCACCCAAGCUAAAGUGGACAGGCUGAACGAUGAUCUCCGAGGGAAAGGAGUACAGGCUGAACGCAUCAAUGAUGCCAACCUGACCUUGAUAAUAAAUGAUCUGGGACAAGCGGAGCCCUCAUUCGCCAACGAACCAGAAGUAGGACACGCCGCUCGCAGUGUGACCAGCGAGCUGGCAAACAUGAGGAUGCGCUUGACCCUGGAGGAACGUGAGGAGGUGUGCCGCUGGGGUUACCGUCAUAGGUGCACAUUGGUCAUUGUGACAUCUACUGGGCUGACGGAGGGCCUCUCCAGACGGAUUGCAUCUUUCGCGAUUCAGCGACUGUAAAUAAAGCAUUGAUGCUCAUCAUCAUCAA